GGACUGCAUGGAAGCUUCCGGCCGCUAGUUUGCGACACGCUUGCAAAUGCUCAGGAUCACCGCAAGGCAGAGGCGCCUGAUACCAUGGCCUAGAAUGCAGCCAAACUCCAUGAGCCACGCAUCUCAUCACUGCAUCUUUUGGCCAGAAUAUAAAAUGCCAUCAACCAACCAGUGAUGGAGGCCCUCGAGGCACUCGAUGUUAACACCAAUAAUCAUUCCACUCGUAUUUAGCUCGCGUGUUUUAUUGGCCAUCCACUCCCAGCGAUCCAAAUGCCACUUGUCCUGCGAAUUUAGCCAUCGGCAUCUUAGGAGACACGAUUUCAGUCUUACGCAACUUCGAAGAGAGAGAGAGACGCAAAAAUUAAGGGCCGUCUGGAGAACUUGGAAAGUAGUGCCAAGCGGGAGUCAAAUGAGAGGGGUCAACGGGGAUCACCCGUGUCCAAGUCAAAACGCCCCCGUCGCUCCAACCGUUCUCCUAACGUUGCGCAGACAGCCUCAGCGGACCGCGAGACUCCAUUUCUUAUGUCUCUCAGAAGGUGUGCGAGAUAUCAACUCCAGGACAGCAAUGGCCAAUCCCAAAUCUCGCAUCCUCCCCCCCCCAGGUUCUAGCGCUAACAUGCAAUAGUAUUCAGAAUGAUCAUACGGUGUGUACGAUACUCUCGUGCUGCUUUGCAAACUUCUGGUACGGAAGAAUGAAAAACGGGAAUACGUUCAGUGUCCUCCAACAUUCGCAGUCGCUCGCGGGUGGCUCGUUCGCGGGCAGCGAAACCAGCAAGUCGUCGAUUGAAAGUAUUCACACCAAAUAGAUCAGAGAAAACGCCCGGAUUCUUCUAGAAACCUAUCUCCUU